AUGCUCCAAAGAAGUAAUGCUUUCGCUGCCGAGCAGCAAGUCGAAGAGGCGGCCAAGAUCAAAGGUGCUCUGUCCACACUGCGACCACUACUGCAGAUGGAAGCUCUAUCAAACCUUCGCAGAUCAACACACCUGGCACAGUCCUUCGAGAGCCACUCAGAGUCAGAUUUGGCAGAGGAGGAGGAAGAGUUUGUUGAGGUAAUGGGAGACCUUCAACUGGAUGGCUUGGAGGAUAGCUGGAGAGAGCUUGAGCUGGGUGAGAAGGAUGAAGAUGGUCUAUAUCUGCAUCAGUGGCUGAGUGAAACGUUUGAGUGUGAGCUCAUAGAAUUUGGCACCCAGCUCAGCUCUAGGGAUCAGGCCAUUUUUUGGGCGUACGUGUACAAGGUUAAGGCCCGUCUGAUGUGUGAAGCAUUUGCCAUGCUUCCGACAAAGUCAGCUCUCGUGCUGUUUUUCUCUCUGGUCUUGAUCCUGUUCUCUAUGACUGCUGCCCCCAAUUAUGCUGCUGCUAUGUCGGUCCUCACCGAGACUGCCAAGUAUGUCCCUACUGUGGCGAACCAUGUUACAAUGCUGCUCAGCACCCGCGCAAAACCUUCACCUAUAUUCCCAUCAUUCCUCGCCUCUCUGCCAUGGUUUGCAACAGUGACAGUGCCAUAA